AGCGCGUAAUUGCCUCUUACACAAUCGUGAGAAGAGUUGGCCAUUUCGACGAGACCCGGUGUACAUGUCGCAGUCGUAGUCAGAGCAUUUAUAAGCAGACGACGCCAUCUCCGGGACAAGCGGGGCUCUAUCAAUAACGACUUUGCUUACCCAAGCUCAAGACACUCGUGCCAAUCGCAAUCGACUAGCAGGCACCGCUGUCGUCCGAGUCGCACGCAGCACCUUUGCAGAGGGCCCCACAUGGCCGUUAUAGCUCUCUGCAGUCAUGUCCAUGUCGCCAAACACGUCGCCCUCGUUCGACACGCCAGGAAAUUCUUUUCCUGACCUGGAUACUUCCAUUCAGUCCUUCGCCGCGCCUUUCGAUCCCACCCAGAUCCUGUCUCCCCCGAUGCACAAUGCUCCCUUCCACUUCUCUAUCCCCGAACUCGGCGAUAGUCAGUCGCCAUCUUCCGCCCACUUUCACCAUCGCAUGAGCAUCGGUAGCUCCGGCCACUUGCCGAAUCAGCUCCAACCUGGAAGCAUUGGCGACUCCGAUGCUGUCAGUCCUGCCAGUGGCCAAGACCCAGGUUCCGUAGGACCUGCGACAAAUGCUUCGGCCGGUCAACUGGGCGCAGAUGAUCAGAAAGACAAGAAUGACCCAUCACCAGCAUGGGCAGAGCUCAAGACAAAGGCCGGGAAAGAGCGUAAGCGACUUCCCCUGGCCUGCAUCGCUUGCAGACGUAAGAAGAUUCGCUGUUCAGGCGAGAAGCCUGCUUGUAAGCAUUGCCUACGGUCUCGCAUACCAUGCGUAUACAAGGUCACCACCAGGAAGGCUGCGCCGAGGACGGACUAUAUGGCUAUGUUGGACAAACGAUUGAAGAGAAUGGAAGAGCGCGUCAUCAAAAUAGUACCCAAAGAGGAUCAAGGUCGCAUAGGAACCAUCGGCCGAGCUGUUGUCAAGCCUGCCAUCCCCGGAUUGCCCUCGAAGAACGAAAAGAAACGACCGGCCGACGCAGCUUUUGGCGACGACAUCAAUGACUGGUCGAAAUCCAAGUCCGGAGGCAGUGCGGAAGCUCGUCUAAAGAUUGGCCCCCAAGAACAGGAUGAACGUCGACUGCUUCAAGAAGGAGCUGACCAAUUACCUUCUCACGAACUACAAAUUCACCUAGCUGAGGUUUAUUUUGACUACGUUUACGGUCAGAGCUAUCAUCUGCUGCACAAGCCCAGUUUCAUGCGAAAGCUUGAAGUCGGGCAGGUACCGCCAGUGCUCAUUCUGGCAGUGUGCGCAAUAUCUGCUCGCUUUUCGUCGCAUCCUGAUGUGAAAACGGAACCCGCCUUUCUAAGAGGCGAAAACUGGGCCAGCGCAGCGAGAGAAAUCGCACUGAAGAGAUAUGACUCGCCUAACAUCACGAUCCUGAUAGUAUAUUUGAUUCUAGGUCUGCAUGAGUUUGGAACGUGUCAGGGUGGCCGAAGUUGGAUGCUUGGUGGUAUGGCUCAGCGAAUGGCAUAUGCUUUACAACUGCACAAGGAUUUAGACCACGACACCUCAACGCGCGCCUCAGGAAACACUGCUGAGCUCACAUUUACCGACAGAGAAAUUAGGAGGCGUACAAUGUGGGCCUGCUUUAUGAUGGAUCGAUUCAAUUCGUCAGGAACCGAACGACCGCUUUUCGUCAACGAUCAAUACAUUCAGGCUCAGUUGCCUGUCAAAGAACACUUCUUUCAAUUCGAGAUUCCGGGAACCACGGAGAUACUCGAAGGACCAGUUUCUGGUGACGUCGAGAGAACCGGAUCUCACGCACUCUCAGCGACCGAGAACAUGGGCGUUGCUGCAUACAUUGUCCGAUUAGUAGCUAUAUGGGGACGUGUCAUCCGAUACAUGAACCUCGGGGGAAGAGAAAGGGACAAGGAGCCUAUGUGGUCCACACAAUCUGAGUUCCACGCCAUAAAGGAAGCAGUGCGCGAGUGGCAAUCCACACUUCCAACAUGGCUCUACUGGUCGCAAGAGAACCUGGAAACUCAUGCAAGCGAGAAGAUUGCUAAUCAAUUCAUCUUCAUGCACUUGAUCUGCAACCAGAUUAUCUGUUUCACUAACCGAUUUGCUCUCCCAUCACCAGGCUCCAAAUCUGCAAGCCUUCGAGAUACUCCCCAGACAUUCAUCACCGAAAGUGGACGAGCAGCUUUGGAUGCAGCCAACCAGAUUUCGAUCUUGGUGAACGAAGCCAUGGAUCACAGGGUCAUUGCACCAUUUGCGGGAUAUUGUGCCUUCUUCUCCAGCACUGUUCACAUAUACGGUGUAUUUUCGAAGAACCCAGCACUUGAAGCAUCCUCGAAGCAGAAUUUGGCGACUAACAUCAAAUACCUUACGAGGAUGAAGAAGCAUUGGGGCAUGUUCCAUUUCGUCACAGAGAACUUGAAAGAUCUGUAUCGCAAACAUGCGGACGCUGCGUUCCGAGGUGCACAAGCCGGAGGGAAUCAGAAGCCACAGGAGACCAUCUUCCAGUAUGGCGAUUGGUUUGACAGAUAUCCGCAUGGCGUCAGUGGUACAGACUACGAGGAACCCGUCACUGCAGAUGUCAAGAAGGAGCCAGGCUCUGACGCGGUGUUGGGUCAAAAGAACGAUCUACAGAGUGUAGAAGAGUUCUUCUCAAAGCUGAGCCCGCCGAGUAGGACAGCAAAGCAGAAGGCGCCGAGGAAGAAACGCGGAAAGGCAGAAAUACAACCAAAAGCGGCAGAUGGACAAGCGGCAGGAGCGUCUGGGUCAGCGUCAGCCACCUCUGGCUUCCCAACACAGCAACAAAACCAAGCACUAUCGCAAGCCCAGGCGCAGGCGCAACGGCAACGCCCAGCAGCCACCGUCUCACAGAUGGCAGCCGGGUCCAUGAAUUCCAACUUCGGCGUGAUGAGUCCACAAAACAACACCAAUUUCCCUGCAGAGCUUGCCAUGAUGCAGCAACGACAGCAAACAGAUCAGCAACAGCAGCAUCACCAGUACAACAACCUGCUCAACCUCGAUACCAAUAUGCCUAUCUCGCCCUACUCGAACCUCGAUCCUUCAUCUAACAGUGCCAAUCCGUUUUCUAUCGAUCUCAAUGCCUUUGACUUCGGCAUGAACAGCAACGCGCCCUGGGACAAUCAAGGACACAGUUCAGCUUGGUUCAUGCCCUUCAACGUCGAUCCACCGUCGGUCGGACCGGGAAGUCUAGGCGAUGAUGCAGGAGGUCUGUUCGCUGCAGAUUCUGUUGGUGGGUUCGAUGUCAACUCGCUGUUCCCGGACUUCGGAGGUGCUCACCCCGGACUGUUGAUGCCGGAGCACGGGUUUGAAGACAACAAUAACAACAACAAUAAGGAGUGAUGCAGUUGAUGCUAUGUGUAUAUGUGCAAAAGAAGGAACAAGGAGGACUAGAUGUGAAUACUGGAGUUUGCAGGGGAUUAGGCUUGGGGUCAAAGUUGUACGUUUUAAUGAACACAAGUGUGUAUGUAGAGAUGUAGAUUGUAUACGCAGCCAAAGACGCUGCAACUUCAUCCUCUAAA